AUGAUUUCUGGAAACCUUUUUUCUUUUUCUGUUAUCUUAAAAAAGUCCAGCAAUAUCUUCCUUAUCCCCCUCCCACUCGUGCCAUCAAGUAGAGUCAUUUCAUCCACAAAGCAACCACCAAACAGAUGGGAGACGUACUUACCUCUGGGAAAGGUUAUUCCUGGAACAAGGCUGAUAACUUUUAAAGUACCACUUAAGAAAGCAAAGUGUGAAAAAUUACCAAAACACGAACAAUUCACGCCAACACAUUUAGUGUCCAAGAUCAGAGAUGCUGGAUUUGAACUGGGGAUGGUAGUUGAUCUGACAUUUACUAGGAAAUAUUACAGUCCUUCUGAAUUCCACCACCAAGGCAUAAGAUAUGAAAAGAUUUUCACAGAAGGUCAUAAUAUUCCGAACGAUGAUGUGGUAAACAGGUUUUUCGAUGCAUUGGAGGGGUUUUAUGAAAGCAAUGUCAACGAAAUUUUUAAUGAGUCAAGAGGCUAUUCUAUAGAAAGAGAAAAUCUACUUCAGGACCUUAAAAGAAGAAAAGCGUAAGUGUGAAAUCAAACAAUGAUUUAAAACGUAUCUGAUAGAGCUACAUCUAAAUUUUAAAAUUUUGAAGUUAUUUUUGACAGAAGAUCCUAUGACAGAGGGGACAAGAGAAAACAAUACGAAAGACCAAGUGUAUUUUGAUAAAAAAUGGUCUAACCCAAGAUAAGAUGAACUCGGAAUACGCUUGGUGAUUAAAGGGAUGUAGAAAUACAACAAGGGAAAUGAACAUAGAAUGAGGAUUUUCAUAGAGAGUUUAUUUUACUGAUUAGGAUAUGAACUUUAUUUUUAAAAUACUUCAAACGCUUUUAAAACAAGCUUUUGAUUAACUCGAUUUGUGAAUGCAAGUGCAUUGAAUAACGUUCUGUUAUUAAUUAGUUAUAAAUGUAUAAUAUUAUGUAUUUAUGUAUUUAUUACGAAGUAUAAUAGAGUUUUUUCAAAAUUGAAAAUAUAGAUAUAUGUAUAUAACAUUAAUUGUAAUUUAGUUAAUGUA